AUGAUUUUGCAAAUGGAUUAUUUGAUUCAUGUAGGGAUGUACAGAUGCCAAGUUCUAAAGCAAAAGCUAUUGGAGUUUUCUGUGGGACUGAUGCGAAUAAAUGCACUGCUAAAAAGUUCCUGACUUUUAUGGGAACUUCUUCAUAUGCUCCUUUCAAUAUCAAUUUUAAUUUGACUAACAAUGCAACAACAGAUGGACCAAAUGGUACAUACCGCAUGAUCCCCCUCAAUCAGACAGUUCACCCCUGCAACCUGCCUCUCAACAACAAAUCCUCCCCCUGCAGUUGUCAGGACUGUGAAGCCCAGUGUUCCCCUCUACCUCCUCCAAUCAAGCCACCCCCGAGAUGGAAGAUUCUUGGGAUAGAUGGAUUUAUAUUUAUUGGCUCAUCAGUAUUUGCAGGAUUCAUUAUACUGUUUUGUAUUUGGAUCAUAUGUAGUAUUAUUACUGGGAGGAAUAACUCAAGUAUGAAUGAUGCUGCCCUGGUGUCUCUCAAUGGUGACUCAGUUCAUUCCACUGAAAGUGCAGAAGUGAGUCCCGUUGAUGAAAAUGACAUCAACUGUUUUGACAAAAUUGGUGUAGGGAUGGAAUGCUUGCUGGAAACUAUAUUUACACGUUGGGGCUGUAUGUGCGCCAAAUACCCCAUAUAUACUCUGGUAGUAGGAUUCAUAUGUUGUGCAGCCCUUAUUGUUGGUAUAAGCUUGUUUAAAGUCACUACAAAUCCAGUGGAACUCUGGUCUUCCCCCGACAGUAGAGCACGACAAGAGAUGAACUAUUAUGAAGAACAUUUUACGCCAUUCCACCGUACUGCACAGAUCAUAAUAACUGCUAAAGACCCCACCCCUUGGAGGAGGGAGGAUUCUGGUAGUAGCCCUACUACAAGGAUGAUUGGAGCUGUACUUAAACUAGACAUCUUACAUGAGGUGCUAGAUUUGCAAAAUCGACUUGCCAAUAUCACUGCUUAUGAUAGCAAACAUGGUGUUGAUGUUAGGCUUGAAGAUAUCUGCUUCGCCCCUUUAUCACCCGAUAACAACAACUGCACCAUUCAGAGUCCCCUGAACUAUUUCCAAAACAGCAUGGAGAAUCUAGAUAAAAGUAUCUGGGAUGAUUUCCAUUUUAUACGCUACGCCGACUAUAUGGAUCAUUUCCUUUACUGUGUCAGAGACCCCACUGCCAUCAAUGACACACAGAACCCUCUACUGAACCUGCCAUGUAUGGGAACAUUUGGAGGACCAGUCAUGCCUUUUGUGGCUCUCGGAGAAUAUGAAGAUGACAAAUACUACACUGCUAAUGCUGUGAUUGUAACAUUUAUAAUUAAUAACUAUAAGAAAAACAGCACAUUCAUUGACCUUGCCAUGACGUGGGAGAAAGAAUACAUCCGUAUUUUGAAAGAUUAUGUGAA